AUGAAUAAUGUGCAAUAAUUUGAUAGGUCAUUGUUGACUGUUGAUAUCGUGGGUGCUUAACCUAAGUAGAGGAGUUCUUACUUAGAUAAGAUCCUUCCCCAAGAUAUUCGCUAAGCAAAUAACAUAUAAUUGCAGUUAAUCUCUUACUCUAAAUUUUUCUAGGUAUACAAUCCCUAAACAGGAUCCCCAAUAUGGUCGUAGGAAGUAUUAGCAUGAUUUUCAUCAUUUCUGCAAUAGUUGUGUUCCACAAGGAGAGAACUAUUUCGAUGGUUCGCACAAAAAACAUUAUAACUUGCACUAAGGAGAAAUCAAAUAAUAUCGAGCCCUGGAGAAUUAUUAUGAUUAACCUAAGUAUUAAUAUAUGAUAUCAGGAAAUCUAUAAGGGGACAGAUUGCUGGCGACUAAUGAUAUUGAAGGAGCCAUUCCAGGGACAUACACAAGCAAGGUUGUGAGGAAUCAAGAAAAAGCAUAAAAGAUGAGACAAGAGAGAGAAUAUUAAAGAGCACAAAAUAACAAGGCCCUUUAUCUUUCUUAAUUGGAGACCAAUAUAGAUUAUUAACCUGAAAAUGAAAAGCAACCACAAAGGAUCAAGUCAUACUCUAUCUAACCUACUCCUUAACACUAGGUUUUUGAAAGUAGAGUAAUUGAGCCCCAACAACCGAAAUAUGAUUACAUGAACAAGCCUUUAAAACUACCACCAAUUAUGGAGAGAGAAACUCCUGUGAUAAAUCCUAUAUUUAACAAAUUGUAACUGCGUUAAAAUUACAAAAAUUAUCUUUUAGAGGAUUAUGAUAAGACAAUAUCCAUGUUACAAUAAAAUUAACCUAUGAGAUUAUUUGUAUGA